CAAACAAACCUACUUAGAAUCGAUCAUAUAACAUAAGUGCGUGAUCGAGUAGGCUGGGCAUAAUUAAUUAUGGGGGUACCCAAGCUGGCCACCAUUUUGCUUGGUUUGGCCAUGGCGGCCGCCAUGGCGCUCCCGUCUCAAGCCCAGAACUCCCCGCAGGACUACGUGCGCCUCCACAACGCCGCCCGCGCCGCCGUCGGCGUGGGUCCGGUGACCUGGGACCCGAGCGUGCAGGCGUUCGCGGAGAGCUACGCCAGGCAGAGGGCCGGCGACUGCAGGCUGAUCCACUCCCCGAACCGGGACAACCUCGGCGAGAACCUCUUCUGGGGCUCCGCCGGGAAGGACUGGACGGCGGCGGACGCGGUGAACUUGUGGGUCGGGGAGAAGGGCGACUACAACUACGCGUCCAACAGCUGCGCGGCCGGGAAGGUGUGCGGGCACUACACCCAGGUGGUGUGGCGCGCGUCGACCGCCAUCGGCUGCGCCCGCGUCGUCUGCAACGAGGGCCGCGGCGUGUUCAUCACCUGCAACUAUAAGCCGGCCGGCAACUUCAACGGGCAGAGGCCUUACUAAUUAGCUAUAUAUAUAUAUAUAUAUAUAUAUAUACACGGCCUAAUUACUUACUAUACGUUGAUACUUAAUUAAUAAGAUACAUAUAGCUGCAUAAAUAUAUAUAAAGACGUGAAAAUAAAACGGUGGCCUACUGGCCUGCAGGUCGCCUCCAGGGUCCACGUACCACUGAUGAUUUAAUAAAGUUACAUGUCGUAAAACAUAA